AUGGCGCAGAGUGCUGAAUACGAACAAGCACUGAUCUGCUCCAAGGAGUGGGCCUGGGCCACCAAUCCUUCCAACUGGCAUAGUCAAGAGGCGCUUUGUCACACCGUUGCCUUGGACGGUGAUGAUGAUGCCUCAGCCCUCAAAGCUAUCCUCGAGCUCCCCGAACGCUUGCACGUCACCCCCGCGCCUGAUACCCUGAUCUCAGGCCCAGGGACCUUGUCAGCGCUGCCUCUCGAGAUCAUAUUCCAAGUCAUGGAUCAGCUCGAUAUUAAAUCCGCAGUGGUCUUUAGUCAGACUUCUCGCAUGUCCCGAUACCUGGUCCAGAACCACCCGUCCUACAAACCCCUGUUGCAGUUCGCCAUGCCCAUACUAAAGCUGUACAGUGAGUACGGGAUUGAGACUUGCAACAACAUUAACGAUCUUGGCAAAGAGUUGAGGUACCCAUACUGCCGAUGCUGUGGCCGCCAUGGCACGAGGCUCUUUUUGCCUCUCGGAGAACGCGUUUGCGUCAACUGCAGCGCGGGCAACCCGGCUUACUGGUGUAUAUCUGUCAAAGACGCCAUGGCUAUCUUUUGCAUGAACGAGAGACAGAUUCGAAAAUUACCCAUUUUGACAAUGAAGGAACUCUGUUGGAACGUGUGGAGUAUCCUCGACCCUCUGCCGGCUGGUCGGGGGGAUUUCGUCUCCGCCAAGGGCGCCUUUAUCGCCGCGAUGGAUAUUUGGGGUAACCGGAAGACCAUGUGUCGCUACGCCUCCGUCUAUGACGACGACCGUCAUCGCGACGAUCCAGACAUUGAUAAAGACGGGCUGCUUGCUGCCUAUUGGGUUCUCCGAAACAUGCAGAUCAAAACCCCUGACGACCCUACCCAACUCGACAGUCCCACUCUCGUGAUGCCUCCACAAAUCGUCAGCAUUAUGAGCGCUCCCUUCCCCUGGAUCCCGAAGGGAAAGACCGAAGUUGACCGCCGCUACAUGUGCCGUGGAUGUCUAUGGCUCAGUGAGAGGAAUAAAGUUUCGGAUACCCUGCUCAAGUAUUCGGGCAUCAACCCCAAAUUGUCUGAUGCCAGGGUGAAACGUAUCAUCGCGGGUCGUUGUCAAAUGACCUACACGUGGGAAGAUUUGAUGACUCACGUUCGGGGCUGUGCUGGAGCUGGAAUUCUGAUGCGUCGGUACUUUGUUGAGAGAGAUCAUCAGUGGUGUCUGCCGAAGGAUGGGUCGUAG